AUGACCACCAUGAAGAACUCUGUGUCCGAGGACCCCCUCCUGGGCAAAGGACCUGAUGAGGACGCCUCAGAGGUGUCUUUGUCAGGGAGUGAGUCGGACUCUGGGAGUGUCCUCUCAGAUGACUCAGUGCUUCCAGACUACAAGCAGGAAGGUGGUUCACAGGGCACCGCCAACACGCUGUAUGAGGCGUGUGCUCGGAACGACACCCUGGCGCUCCGGAAGGUUCUCGAGAGAGGGGUUACAAAAGAGGAGGUCAUGAAGGUGGACCACAAUGGCUGGGUAUGGGUCUCCUGUUAUUUCACAUUUGGGAUGCCUUUUGGUGGUGUAUGAUCCAGCGAGUCUGUAUAAAGACACUGAAUGCUUUCAUUAAAGUCAUGUAGAAUUGGUUUUGGAUUUAAUUGCAGCCUUGACUCUAUUGUAAUGUGAUUUUUGAAAUAUAAUUCUAAUCCUACUUAUUCACCCAACAGACCGGUCUGAUGGUGGCGUGCUAUAAGGGUUUUUUGGAAAUUGUGCAAUAUCUUCACCACUGUCCCUACCUGGACAUAAAUCACCAGGACAACGAUGGCAACACAGCACUGAUGAUCGCUUCACAAGCAGGUUAGCCACUCUCACCAGACCUAUUACUAAAUACUACACAGUAAAACAAGCCUCACUAGCACAUUUCUAGGUUGCGUCCCAAAUGGCACCAUAAUUUGUUUACAUCCCUGUUAGUGAGCAUUUCUCCUUUGCCAAGAUAAUCCAUCCACCUGAAUGGGGGGGCAGACCAAGAAGCUGAUUAAACAGCAUGAUCAUUACACAGGUGCACCUUGUGCUGGGGACAAUAAAAGGCCACUCUAAAAUGGGGUAGAUGUUGAUACAGUUUAGAAUGGGAAGGAAAGGCUAAUAUGGGGGUGUUUAGAUUUCAGAAGCAUGGUUAUUGGAGAAAGGUCACUUGGCUUUUCAGGUCACUUGGUUUGUCAUUUAAGUAGGGCUUUUAAAGGGGCUUAAGUAGAUUGCCACGGGACCAAGAGCAUUUCAAUAUUUUUAUAGCCGUACUCUCCUGGGGUGGAUUGUGAUUGUCCACCAAUGAACAAGACAGUCGAGAGAGAGAGGAAGUGAGAUAGAAAGAUGAUGGAUAUCUACUGAACAAAAAUAUAAAACCAAAAUGUUAGGUGUUGGUCCCAUGUUUCAUGAGCUGAAAUAAAAUAUCCCAGAAAUGUUCCAUACGCACAAAAGGGUUAUUUCGCUCAAAUUUUUUUGCACACAUUUAUUAACAUCCCUGUAAGUGAGCAUUUCUCCUUUGCCAAGAUAAUCCAUCCACCGGACAGGUGUGGCACAUCAAGAAGCUGAUUAAACAGCAUGAUCAUUACACAGGUGCACCUUGUGCUGGGGACAAUAAAAGGCCACUCUAAAAUGUGCAGUUUUGUCACACAACACAAUGCCACAGAUGUCUCAAGUUUUGACGGAGCGUGCAAUUGGCAUGCUGACUGCAGGAAUGUCCACCAGAGCUGUUGACAGAGAAUUUAAUAUGAAUUUCUCUAUCAUAAGCCGCCUCCAACGUCGUUCUAGAAAAUUUGGCAGUACGUCCAACCGGUCUCACAACCGCAGACCACGUGUAACAACGCCAGCCCAGGACCUCCACAUCUGGCUUUUUCACCAGCGGGAUAGUCGGAGACCAGCCACCCAGACAGCUGAUGAAACUGUGGGUUUGCACUACUGAAGAAUUACUGCACAACAUGUCAGAAACCGUCUCAGCGAAGCUCAUCUGCAUGCUCAUCGUCCUCACCAGGGUCUUGACCUGACUGCAGUUCGGCGUCGUAACCGACUUCAGCGAGCAAAUACUCACCUUCGAUGGCCACUGGCACGCUGAAGAAGUGUGCUCUUCACAGAUUAAUACCGGUUUCAACUGUACUGGGCAGAAGGCAGAUACCAUGAAUGGCGUCAUGUGGGCGUGCGGUUUGCUGAUGCCCCAUGGUGGCGGUGGGGUUAUGGUAUGGGUAGGCAUAAGCUACCGACAACGAACACAAUUGCAUUUUAUCGAUGGCAAUUUGAAUGCACAGAGAUACUGUGACAAGAUCCUGAGGCCCGUUGUCGUGCCAUUCAUCCACCGCCAUCACCUCAUGUUUCAGCAUGAUAAUGCACGGCCCCAUGUGGCAAGUAUCUGUACACAAUUCCUGGAAGCUGAAAAUGUCCCAGUUCUUCUAUGGCCUGCAUACUCACCAGAUAUGUCACCCAUUGAAGAUGUUUGGGAUGCUCUGGAUUGAAGUGUAUGACAGCAUGUUCCAGUUCCCACCAAUAUCCAGCAACUUCGCACAGGCAUUGAAGAAGAGUGGGACAACAUUCCACAGGCCACAAUCAACAGCCUGAUCAACUCUAUGCAAAGGAGAUGUGUCACGCUGCAUGAGGCAAAUUGUGGUCACACCAGAUACUGACUGGUUUUCUGAACCAUGCUCCUACCUUUUUUUUAAGGUCUCUGUGACCAACAGAUGCAUAUCUGUAAUCCCAGUCAUGUGAAAUUCAUUGAUUAGGGCCUAAUUAAUUCAUUUCAAUUGACUGAUUUCCUUAUAUGAACUGUAACUGAGUAACAUUUUGAAAUUGUUGCAUGUUGUUUUUAUAUUUUUGUUCAGCGUACUUCAACAGAAGUGCCCUAUAUAGGAAAUAGUGUGCCAAUUGUGACAGGCCUUUAAUCUUUUCAAUGGCACCUCAUGAUCCCCUAAACCCAUUCUCACCCUGUGUCCUUCUCCAGGACACACCAUUACAGUGACCUACAUCCUCAACUACUACCCCGGGGCAGACACAGAGAUCCGGGACUGCCGUGGCUUCACUGCACUCAUCAAAGCUGCCAUGCAGGGCCGAGACGAUGUGGUGUCUUCCCUCGUCAUGGCCGGUGAGUGAGAGGCUUCCUCCACUUCAGCACUACUAUACACACCCUACUGUAUACACGAGGGAACAUCUUAGAAGUGUUUAGACAACCAGACAAAUAGAUGUUAGAAGUACAAAAACGUAAUCCUGACCCCAACCUACCAGUGUUUACUGGGUGUAAGCCUACAUUAUAUGUUUGUGAACCGUUCACAAUAGCAAAUAGCUCACGUGUGUAUUAUCAGAGGCACCUCAGUGUUCGUAGUAAGCAGGGGAGGACUGGCCAUCUGGCAUUUCUGGCCAAUGCCAGAUGGGUUGGUACAUUUUUAGCCAAGUGGGGCUGUGUAACUUGGGUUUUUUGCUAAAAAUUAUAAUUAUCCUUCUAAUAUGGGUGCCUCAAGGAAAAAAAUGGGCCGAUGUGGUGGGCCUCGAGGAAAAAAAUGGGCCGGUGGGGGCAUCAAGGAAAACAAUGGGCUGGUGUGUUAUAGAUGCCAGGGCUGAUUUCUGGUCCCCUGGUAGUAAGACACACAACAGUGCCAUCUAUUAGGUCCCGCUAGGUAAAAUAAUUAAAUUACUUCAGAGAUUCCAAAGGGCAUACCUCUAAACAGAUUUGGAAAAAAAUACCAGAGAAGGAGAGAGGAGGAAGAGACAGUAGUACACACAGAAUUAUGGGAUUAGCCUAUGCUUUGAUCCCCAGUCAGCAAUGUUGCUGAAUUGGCAAUUAUGGUCUUCAUUAAUUUCUGUUCAAUUCGGGGCUUGGCAUGAACAUACAGAUCGAAGGCCUAGGGUUAUAGGAAGUAUGUAGUAAUGUAGUUGGGUUGGGAUGGAUGGAUGUACCUGUGGUGUGUCUACCCAUGUUUGCGGUCAGCUUUCUCUGGUUGAUUGAAUGUGUUUUUGACAGCUGCCAGGUUUAAGGGAUCAAUUUGGGGACAUCAGCCUACCUUAAUGCACUCUGCCAUAAUCUUUGAUUCCUUCGUCUUGGUUGCCAGGGGAUUAUCCAGGGUUAUUUAGCUAUUUUGGCCUCUCUGGAAGAGCAGUAGUAUCCAACGGAGUCACAGACUCUCACUGCCAGUUCACAUUUAUCAAUAUUCUAAAAGAGUUAAGGAAAACAAGCUCAGCUAACUGUAGCCUUAUCCCCAUCACCUUAAAGAUAAUUGAUUCUCACCUCUAUCCAUCAUAAACCAAGAAGAAUCUUUGUUUUCUAUUAUUCAUGUCGCACAAUAUCAUCAUUAUGAUAUUAUAUUACAGGGCUACAGUGGGGAGAACAAGUAUUUGAUACACUGCCGAUUUUGCAGGUUUUCCUACUUACAAAGCAUGUAGAGGUCUGUAAUUUUUAUCAUAGGUACACUUCAACUGUGAGAGACGGAAUCUAAAACAAAAAUCCAGAAAAUCACAUUGUAUGAUUUUUAAGUAAUUAAUUUGCAUUUUAUUGCAUGACAUAAGUAUUUGAUCACCUACCAACCAGUAAGAAUUCCGGCUCUCACAGACCUGUUAGUUUUUCUUUAAGAAGCCCUCCUGUUCUCCACUCAUUACCUGUAUUAACUGCACCUGUUUGAACUCGUUACCUGUAUAAAAGACACCUGUCCACACACUCAAUCAAACAGACUCCAACCUCUCCACAAUGGCCAAGACCAGAGAGCUGUGUAAGGACAUCAGGGAUACAAUUGUAGACCUGCACAAGGCUGGGAUGGGCUACAGGACAAUAGGCAAGCAGCUUGGUGAGAAGGCAACAACUGUUGGCGCAAUUAUUAGAAAAUGGAAGAAGUUCAAGAUGACGGUCAAUCACCCUCGGUCUGGGGCUCCAUGCAAGAUCUCACCUCGUGGGGCAUCAAUGAUCAUGAGGAAGGUGAGGGAUCAGCCCAGAAUUACACGGCAGGACCUGGUCAAUGACCUGAAGAGAGCUGGGACCACAGUCUCAAAGAAAACCAUUAGUAACACACUACGCCGUCAUGGAUUAAAAUCCUGCAGCGCACGCAAGGUCCCCCUGCUCAAGCCAGCGCAUGUCCAGGCCCGUCUGAAGUUUGCCAAUGACCAUCUGGAUGAUCCAGAGGAGGAAUGGGAGAAGGUCAUGUGGUCUGAUGAGACAAAAAUAUAGCUUUUUGGUCUAAACUCCACUCGCCGUGUUUGGAGGAAGAAGAAGGAUGAGUACAACCCCAAGAACACCAUCCCAACUGUGAAGCAUGGAGGUGGAAACAUCAUUCUUUGGGGAUGCUUUUCUGUAAAGGGGACAGGACGACUGCACCGUAUUGAGGGGAGGAUGGAUGGGGCCAUGUAUCGCGAGAUCUUGGCCAACAACCUCCUUCCCUCAGUAAGAGCAUUGAAGAUGGGUCGUCGCUGGGUCUUCCAGCAUGACAACGACCCGAAACACACAGCCAGGGCAACUAAGGAGUGGCUCCGUAAGAAGCAUCUCAAGGUCCUGGAGUGGCCUAGCCAGUCUCCAGACCUGAACCCAAUAGAAAAUCUUUGGAGGGAGCUGAAAGUCCGUAUUGCCCAGCGACACUGCUGCAGUGUGUGCAAACCUGGUCAAGACCUACAGGAAACGUAUGAUCUCUGUAAUUGCAAACAAAGGUUUCUGUACCAAAUAUUAAGUUAUGCUUUUCUGAUGUAUCAAAUACUUAUGUCAUGCAAUAAAAUGCAAAUGAAUUACUUAAAAAUCAUACAAUGUGAUUUCCUGGAUUUUUGUUUUAGAUUCCGUCUCUCACAGUUGAAGUGUACCUAUGAUAAAAAAUUACAGACCUCUACAUGCUUUGUAAGUAGGAAAACCUGCAAAAUCGGCAGUGUAUCAAAUACUUGUUCUCCCCACUGUAUAUGUAAUGGAAUAUGAAUAAAAGUGUUUCAAUUGAGCAAUUUUUUUCCUUCUCUGCUAUUUUUCUCCCAGGUGCAGACCUAAAUGCAAUAGACACCACGAAGCAGAAGUGUGCGCGGGACUGGGCACUAAAGACGGGCCGCUACGAGACGUUGAACCGCCUUCGCCGCCUCAACCUGCGGCCUAAAGCUGAGCAGUUCACUGAGAGCUACGUCCCCGAGUGGCCAGAGCUGAAGGUGCUGGUGGCCAAGGCCAUGGCCAACAAGAGCGCCAGCCAGAAGAUCACUCAGCGCAUCAAGUCCACCUUCGGCUUCAACUUUCCCCGAGACCCCCAGGAAAACGGGGUCUUGGACCACAUGGUGCGUAUCACCACCAGCGUCCACAGCCCUCUAGUGGCCACCAGCUGCAGGCCCCUCUGCCCCACCAGCCCCCCUGAGGUGGGGAAGAGGCGCCUGGCCGUGCAAGAGCUGGUGAAGAAGCAUUCAGAGAAGGAGCUGGAGGAGGGCUCUGUGUGCCACAGCAACGGCUCCGUAUCCUCCAUCAUUCCCCACAUCCACUCGGCCGAGACCAUCGCCACGUCCUGCUGUGUGGACACGGAGCGCAGGGGCAGCAUAAUCUCUAUAGCCUCCACUGGGGUGCGCACCUUCAUCCCCAGGCACAUGGCCCACAGGAACAGUGUGUUCCCCUCCGGCUGCAUCCCAAAGAUCCAGAUAGUCAAGUCUGGAGAGCCCACGCCUAAGAAGGAGAAGAAGAGGAAGAGGCACAAGGGUCAUCUGGAGCCACCCAUAUGGAAGUACAAGGCGGAGAAGCAGGAGAAGAAGAAGGCAGAGAAAGAAAAAGAGAAGACCAAGAAGGAAAAGAAAGAGAAGAAAGUGAAGAAGUGA